AUGCCUGCUUCGCACGCAAGUUUUACUGUGUCUGAUUUUGACCCGGAGCACGAAGCCCUGGCCUCUACUCGCGAGUUCGGCAGUCCGCAGCUUCCCAAUAUGAGACACACGUUGGAAGACGAGGAACCUGACUUUGCCAUCAACACCUCGACUCUGGACCGAGCAUUCCCUGAAUUUUCCCAAUUACCCACAUCUGAAGAAGAGGAGGACGAACAGGACGCUGUGCGCGUCGACGACACUAUGUCUGAUCUGGAUGAGCUCUCAGUGGAGAUGGGUCGUGGUGCCACGGGCAAAGCCCGUCGCCGGGACGAUUCGCGCAGCUCAAUUAUGAGCUUCCAGAACAGUAUUCGCUCUUCCUCACCAGCAGUUCGCGUCGAGUAUCCAACUCCUCAGAAACAACCCGUCCGAUCCAACUCCCGGCGCGCAGUGAGCGAGAACUUGCGGAAAGACGCUCAAUUGCGCCGGGCAACCCAGACUCAGAAAGAAAACAUGAGCCCUCAAGUUUCCAAAUCGCAACGCGACCAGCGUCGGACUCUCUCAGAAAUGCACGCCAAAGUACGCGACAGCUAUGACGGUUCCUUUAUCGGUGAUGAGCGACCUGCCCCUGUUCCUGUGAACGCCCGCUCAACGCGUUUUGGCAACCCCAAUAACUCCCAAGAGAUUGCGGACGCGAUUGAACGCGCUUCUCGUGAAGCCUACGCGAAAGAACUGCGCAAGUCGGCCUCGGCAGACACACCCCGUAAAACAGGCUCGACAACCGCACCUACCCAAAACAACACUAUGGGCGACACCAUGACACGCCAAUCCUUCCUCCUUCCCGAUCUCCCCAAUAUUUCCGAACUGGUUUCAGGCGUCUAUGAGGAUGGCACGCCAGUCUUCUCUCGCCACCAUAAAAUGCGCUCCACUCGAUUCGUCUCGCAUCCCCACGAUCAAGACCAGACAGACGUAUCAUUCUUGCGUGAGCACAUGCCUCUUGACGCAGUUCCAAUCCCGGAAGAUGAGAAGGCUCUUUUCGUUUCUCUGCGACUACUGCAGGACAAAGUUGCAGAGCUCGAGAUGUACAAAUCCGAUGCGGAAAGACGCAUUGAAGGUUAUCGCGAAGAGAAUGCAGCCCUCAAAGCCGGCCGAUCGCGACACUCCGACAAAUACGCAUCGGAUGAUGCUGAUUAUAAGCGGGGGUCGAAACGGCUAUCAAGCGAAAACCAAAAGCUUGAGGCUGCCAACCUCGCGUUGCAAAAUCAACUUGAUGUGGCCGAUCGCAGAUCUCAGGUCCAAGAAGCUGCUGUCAAACGGCUCAACCAAGAGAGAGAAGCUGCCAUCUCUCAGCUGGGCGUGGCUUAUCUUGAGACAAGAGAGCUUAAAGCAGAGAAUGACCAACUGCGCCAGGAGAAUACCGACCUCAAGUCUCAGUUGAGCCGUUUGUCAUCCAAGUCUCGAGAACAAGAUACAAUUGAGUCGGAGACCAGUGUGAGCGCAUCUGAUGCCGACGAUAGCCAGAUGUACAUCGAGCGCAGUACACGAGACUUGACUUCGAAGAGUUCUCGCAACAAUCUGAAAGCAAGACGUCAAGAUGAUUCUCGGGCUAAGAUUUCCACACAAGUCGACAAGGAGAUCUCUCGCCUCGAGAAGGAGCGCGCCGAGGAAGCUCUAUUCUCUAUCAAUGUUCUUCCACCCAAGCGGGCGUCAGCCUCCAAAUCCUCCAGGUCCGAAACUUCUCGUCAGCCCGAGGCUCGAACUUCCAGAAAACAAUCCAACACUGGAAAGCAGCGUGUGAAGCGUGUUGUAUUGGAUGAUACAACCGGCGUGAUUGAUUCAACCGAGCAGACGAAGGCUUCUUCAGAUGUGGAGAACUUGACUCUGCUCAGUAUCAUCGAUGAAAACGAAAUUGCUCAGCUACGCAAAACCUUGGAGGAAGAGAGAUUGGCACGAAAGCAACGUCGAUCCAGUAUUCCGAGGGAUCCCACCACUACUGAAACUGUAAAUACUACUCGCCAGAGUAUUCUCAAGACCCCUCUUCCGCGCAAGUCUUCGCUCCGCGAAAGCAAGCAAGCAAUCAGUCGACCUGUAUCGGCGGCCGGCGAUGUUACUACCAGAUCGACGGCUACCACUGAAGGCAAUAUCAGUCUGGUUGUGCCCACCCCUGAGCGCCCGAGACGACACUCAGAUCACUCUGUCACAUCUAUCUCCCAACGAAAAAAGCAGAGAAACCUGGAGGACAUGACAUCUGCUUUCAUCCUGCCAGAUAUCACAUUAAGCCGAGCAGACUUGGCUGCCACCAACCCCUCCCGUCUUCCAGAGGCGACCAAGCGCGCCCUUGACGACAUGGCCCAGCACGACGAAAAGAAUUGCAUGAUGUGCAAGAACGUUCUUCCUCAUGACGGACAGUGCAACCACGAACCAAUCAAAGUCCCCAAGCCUGUUCCAGUUUCAGAGCGUCUGCCCAAGCCUUCGCCUCUCAAUGAGGACCCGACUGUUCGACCUUCUCAACCGCCCACAGUGGCCCUCGCGAGCGUCCUCAAGGCACUCGAAGAUGAACUUUCCCAUCUCAAGAUCCAGCUCGCAAGCUAUCAAUCUGCCUACAACAAGCUGGAUGCAUCAAUUGGCAAACGACAGCGUAAAUCCGUGCAGGAGAAGAUGGAGACUAUCCUCCGGGAGAUCGAUCUCAAGUCUGACCAGAUUUAUGCUCUAUACGAUGUGCUGGAGACCUGUAAGGGUGACAUUAGCAAGCAUGACCUUGACAUGACCCUAGAGUCGAUUGGCAUUGACGUCACUGCGACUACAGCGAAGUCGUCUAACGUGGAUUUAGAAGAGGAUGAUGACGAGCUUCCUUGGGAGGGCAUCGAGAGUACUGCUGAACUGACUGGCCGGGCCUAG